AUGAAAUAAUCCACAGCACAGUACAGCACAGUAUAGUACAAUGGCGAAAAGAACCAAGACACAGCUAACCAAAGACGCCUUUGUUGCCUACGGCGACAACGCAGAGAACUCGGGAGACGAUGACCAGGAAAUGGAUCCUCCACAACAUGCAUCUGAGGCCGUCAUGGCAGGAAGAAAGAUAGCAGGACGGGGACGCAGGUUUGGGGCCAAGAAACCACAGGUGAAUGAAGCUUCUGCUGCUAUUUCAUCUGCCGCUACAGAUAAAGUCCAAUUGUCGCAAAUGAGGUCGCUCAACGCCAACUUCCUGAAAUCCGUCAACGACGGCAUAACCAAAAACCCUGUGGCAGACUUUACUGCCAUUUGCACAAAGUACUUGGACUAUGUUUCCAAAGUGCAGGACAAGAAAAUAGAGGUGAAAAAGAUGGAUGUGCCUAAAGUGGACGUCAAGCCGGAGUCGGUGAAGACGGAAGGUAAGGCUAAUCCGUUUGCCAUGUUCGCUCCGGUGAACAACAACGGUAACGAUCCGGCCGUAGCCAAGCCUAACUUUGGAGUAGACACCAAGCUUGGAACGCCGGUGGAAAAUGCACAAGCUCCUGCAAGGCCAGCAAUUACCGAAGCAGCAAAAGUGGACGAAGGGUCCGACGAUGAUGAGGAAGAUGAAAAGACGACAAAGCCUAUCACACUGGAAGGACCUAAAUUUGUGCUCAGCGAACUGCCAAAAUCAAAGAGCUACGGUUUUCAGUUUGGGAAAGCUCCACCAAAGGAUGAGGAUGACUCGGAAGAUGAAAUAGAGAUCAAGGGUCCUUCUUUUGUCUCCACUGCCACAGUGAGUGACAGCCAUUUCAAAUUCCCUCCAAAGGCCGAUGAUAAGAAAGAUAGCAAACUCGGAGAUGCAGCACCAGUAGCGAAACCUUCAAUCGGGUUUUCUUUUGGUAAUGCUGCUUCUACAUCUGCAAAACCGGCAUUCAGUUUCAACUUGCCUGCAUCUUCUGAUAAACCGGCUGCUGAAACAAACAAAGUGAGCUUCAAUUUUGGUGCAGCUUCCAAACCAGAAAACGAUACCAAACCAGCCUUUUCUUUUGGGGCUGCUAAAUCAUCUACUCCUUCUUUUUCAUUCGGUGCAACCACCUUGCCUACCACGACCACUGGAAAUAACACAACAGCCCCAGUAUUGAAUUUUGGUCAAAAAGCCACUCCUUCGAGCGCUUUCAGUUUUGGAUCUUCCAGCGCUACAACGACAGAAUCCAAACCAAACACCAAUACAAACUCGGUCUUUAGUUUUGGGAAAAAUGCAGAUGCCUCCUCCAAUUCGUCAAACCCUUUCAAUAUAGGAAAAACAACAGCAUUUGGUAACAGUACAUCGCCAGUUUUCAAUUUCAGCGCCAAUACUCCAUCUUCUUCCACGAGCAAUGAACCAUCUGUAACAGCCAAGAAAACAGAGGAUGACGAAAACCCAGACGAAGUCAACGAGGCCGAAAGUGACACGGUGAAGGGCAACUUUGCUGUUGUUCAUCUGACCGAAAAGGUUGAGGUUAAGACAGGUGAAGAAGAGGAAGAGUCUCUUUAUGCUAAGCGUUCCAAGAUAACCAAAUUCAACUUCGAGACUAAAGGCUACGAUCCAGUGGGACUCGGCGAACUAAAAGUUUUGAAGAACAAGGCUACGGGUAAAUGUAGAAUCUUGGUUAGAUCAGAAGGAUCAUCGAAUGUUCUACUGAAUGUUGCAAUACUGGAAGGAAUGAAAUACGAAUUGUUGGGAGAUAAAAAGUCGAUGUUGAGAAUUCCUUCGGUGAAUGCUGACGGUACGCUGGUAACGUAUGUCGCAAGGGUUAAGACAGCUACCGAUGGAGAAGAAUUGUUGAAGGCAGUACAAAGUUGCCAAUGAUGUGUGUACUUGUAAAUUAAUAUUAAUCCUGCUUACAUUAUGAUAUCGAAAAGCUUAUAGUAAAAGUAUACUUGAACGUUUCGAAGUUGAGGGUCACUGCGAACAUGUAGCUUUUAGUAGGGUUCUCGAAACCAAACACAGAAUGCAUCAUACGGUACAUAGUGUGAGAUUACUGAGAAAACUUAGCC